AUGACAGAGGGCAGCAUCUAUCUGAUCCCGGCCACGAUCCCGGACGGAGGUGUCAUUCCAGACCUGUGCUUUUGCUGCCACGAGGAAGAGCUGCGAAGGACGGCAGAGAUCAAACUGGAGGCUUGCCGGCGCAGGUUUCGCACGGCCAGAGGUCGUUUCCAGGCUUCAAUGGGGGAUGAGCAGGCUCAAGUGCUGUUGGAGAGGAAGGCCGAGCUCGAAAGGGUCAUGCUGGAUGAGUUCCAUGUCAAGGCUAUGAGCCACUGGCUGAGCAGCUGGUGA